AUGAAGUUCACCGCCCUCCUCCUCGCCACCGGCAUCACCACCAUCGCCGCCAUGCCUUGGUCAUCCAAGGCCAAAAAACCCUCCUCAGUUUUUGAGGACAUCACUCUCCGCAUCGAAGUCGUGCCCAAGAAUCAACAGCAUCAGAGCCUCCUCUUUUCUGCUGCUGGUGCUGCUGCACCUAAAAAGUCAGGAAAGCAAGACCUUGCCAGCUUCUUGGAGGACGGCGACGAUGAGAAGCCUGAUAUUUGCUGGCUGUUGUGUGCGGGUCAGGAGUUGAAGUGUCCUGAGGGAUGGCACUCAAAGCAGCUUGGUGAUUGCUGGACUUGCUGCAAGACUAUCGGGGAGGACAGCUUCGACUUGUAA